AUGUGCUUUAAGGUCGUCAUAUGCGGAGCCGGUGUCGUCGGCUCCUCCGUCGCCUACUUUCUUUCCAAACGAGGUGUCCCUGCCGCCAUUGUCGACCGAGCUGGGGUUGCGCCGGCAGCAAGUGGCAAGGCCGGAGGCUUUCUUGCAAAGGAUUGGAACGAUGGGACUCCAAUCGGUCCCCUUGCUUCUUUGAGCUUCAGCUUGCACGAAGAGCUUGCGCAGACGCUUGGGCUGGACAGCUACCGACGUCUCAGCUGCCAUCAAGUGGCUGUGAGUGGACCAUCUGGCUCAGAGCCCAAGAGAGUGGACGGCGUUGAAUGGGUCGAUAUUGGAGUGCAGGGGCAUGCAGUGAUGGGGACGGAGAAGACCAUCGCGCAAGUUCACCCGAAGCAGCUGACAGAGGCUUUGAUGAAGUCGGCUCUGGAUCAUGGGUGCUCGUUUCACGUUGGAGUUGUACAAGAGAUCAAGACGGAACUCCGCGGUGACUCGAAACAUGUUGCAGGAGUCAUUGUCGACUCUCAGUUUGUCCCUUGCGAGAAAGUUGUUAUUGCGAUGGGGCCCUGGAGCUCGCAGUGCACGCAGGGAUUGAAGUUACCGCCUAUGCUUGGCCAGAAAUAUCACAGCGUAUUGAUGCAGAAUGAACGAGAGCUUUCGCAAGCGAUUUUUUUUCAUGGUCUUGGUGACCCUGAAGUGUACCCGAGGCCCAAGGGGGAGGUCUAUGUCACUGGGUUCCCAGAUACUCCAGUGGCUGUCGAGGACCUUCCUGGGCAGGAAGUGGUACGCCCGGACGUUGUAAACAGACUGACAGAGACGAUGAAACUUGUCUCGACCGAACUCGGCCGGGCUGAAGUGACGAGGUAUCAAGCUUGCUAUCUCCCGAUAUCAGUUGACGGUUUGCCACUGAUCGGAAAGCUUGAAGAGGUGGAGGGAGUUUACAUAGCAACAGGGCACGGGUGCUGGGGGAUCCUCAACGGCCCAGCUACAGGCCUUGUGAUGAGCGAGCUGAUCGUCGACGGCGUAGCCAAGUCCGUUGACAUCAGCCCAUUCGACCCCAACCGCUUCAAAGUCUUCGAUGACAUGCAUAGAGUUGGUUCGUCGGCUGAUAGCUGUUAAGACCCUGUACACGUUCUAGAGGGCAACAAAGAGGACUAGAACCUUACUUCGUUCAGAAAAGAUAUUUUGGAAUACCCCCUAUGCAUAUCUCCUUUGUCGCAAUAAAAAGAGAUCUCAAU